AUGGUUGGAAAGAAGUCAGGCAAGGCCCUCCGGGAUGAGGGCCUGGAGCGGACCGACAAUAACAUGGAACUAUCCAGCUGGCCGCAGAUUCCGGCAAUCAAUCAGAAGAACUACUAUACGGACUACCUGAAACGAGACGAUCAAAAUCUCGCGUUCCGACUACAAAACGAGGAAGCAAGGACAAAGAUGACGAAGAAAGCGAAGGAUCACGACCGUGCCCUGGCAAUGGCCAAGACCGAGACCGAGACCGCGGAAGGCGAGGGUGAGGCAGAUGGCGACGCCCAAAUGGAGGAUGCGGAGGAGACCCCGGCCGAGAUGGCUGGCUCUAAGGUUAUUGUCAUCCACAUGGGCAGUCAGAACCUCCGUAUUGGACUUGCCAGCGACGCACUGCCGAAGACCUUGCCAAUGGUGAUUGCGAGGAAAUCGGCGACCAACGAGUCCGAAGACCAUGAUGAACCUAAGCCCAAGAGAUUCAAACACGACGAUGGCUCUGAAAUGGAGCCCGAAAAGGCCUUUGGACCUGAAUGGUCGUCUCAUUUCAAUCAGAUGUCUGCGGAUUUAAAGGUGCACAUGCGACAGAACAAGCGAAGAAUGCUUCCAAACUCCAAGGAGAUGGUUGUCAACUAUAACCGCAGAACCGUGCCAGAAAUUAUCUCUGAACACAAUGAUCCAAUGCGUGCUGAAUGGACUGAGCUCUCUAAUCCCCCACCAGAGUAUAUUGUCGGGAAGCCGGCUCUGCGGGUUCCGGAUUCUUCGAAACCUCGUUACAAGCUGUAUUGGCCAAUCCGGAAUGGCUGGUGCAACGAGAAGGACUACACAAGCAAGAGGUCUCUCUUCCUGGAUAUUUCAUUGAUCGUGGAGGAUGCGAUCAAGAAUCAACUGCGCUUGACGAGCAAGAAGGAUUGGACCCAGUAUUCGUGUGUUUUCGUCAUCCCGGAUCUUUACGACAAGUCUUAUGUUACCCAAGUCUUGGAUAUGUUGAUGCGAGAGUUUGCGUUCGCUCGGGUGUGUUUCAUCCAAGAAAGCCUGGCAGCCACCUUUGGUGCAGGCUUCACCUCGGGAUGUGUCGUCGAUAUCGGAGCGCAGAAGACUUCAAUCUGCUGUGUGGAAGAAGGCAUGUGCAUCGAGAACUCUCGAGUGAACCUUAAGUAUGGCGGUCAAGACGUGACCGAAACGUUCAUCAAGAUGAUGCUGUACGAUCAUUUCCCCUAUGCCGAUAUCAACCUACGGCGUAGACAUGACUUCCUUCUGGCCGAAGAGCUCAAAAAGAAGAUCUGCACCAUGAACGAAGCCAGCGUUUCUCCACAAGUCUUUGACUUCCACCUUCGUGUGGCAGGCCAGGAUACGCGAAAGUACACUUUCAAGGCUUUUGACGAGGUUCUUCUUGCCCCAAUGGGUGUAUUUGAGCCUGCUAUUUUUGAUAACUCUGACAAAAUCACCGGGAGACGGACCCUGAUCGAUCGUUCUGUUGACAUUUAUGAUGGAUCACCUAAUGAUCCUACUUCUGCAGCCCAGUCGGAGAUUUUGACCGCCAUGGCCCCUCCCCUUCCCCGCGGCAAGACGAAUGGCGAGUCUCACUUGGCGGUGCCGGAAGUUCAGGCCACACCAAGCCGCCCCCACGCUUUAAGCAAACUCGAGGGCACACCUCGAUCUUCUGUCGCUGGUUCUCCAGGACCGGAAAAUAUAGGAACCCCUCAAGCAGGAGGGACAAGCACGCCCGCUGCCACAGCCGCUGUAGCCCAAGCUCCCCGCCCUCCUGCCGUGGAAGAUCGAGAUGAUAUUAUGCCUGUCUUCGGUCUGGACAACGCUAUCCUGACCUCCAUUGCCCACGCCGCUCGCUCAGACGAGAAAAAGAUGCGGGAUUUCAUCGGCGGUAUCAUGGUCGUCGGUGGAGGCAGCUUGACUAGCGGGUUCCAUCUCUUCUUGGAAGAGCGACUGCAGGCUCUCCGCCCUGGCUUCUCAAAGGAGAUCAUGAUCGGGACACCGCCCAGAGAUCUCGAUCCCCAGGUUGUUGUGUGGAAGGGAGCCAGUAUUUUCGGCAAACUAAGCGGUACAAACGACAGUUGGAUCGGAAGGUUGGAGUAUGAUCGACUUGGUCCCCGGCUGAUGGCGUACAAGUGCAUGUGGGCGUACUGA